AUGCCUCCGCUAGAGGCCACUCAAACAAUGCCACAGCCCACAGAAUUUGCGCCAUUGUCCGAGAAAGUGGGGGAAACGGAAAAGUUGUUGCAACAGCAGGAAGAUGUCGUAAUUCCUGUGGACACUGUGGUCGUGGAGCAAUCUAUGGAUGAGCGACUGCACAAUAGCAAUUCAUAUAAUCAUAAACAACGACAGGAGCAGGAGCACCAUCAACUCAAUCAGCAGCGGGAACGAGUUGAGCAACAGUCGCAAUCGCAACACCAGCAUAGCCACACGCAUCACCAUCAUAAUAAGCAUCAUCAUCAGCAACAGCAACAUCAUCA